AGUCCGCCGUGAACCUCCUUGAUGAACCCGGGAACUAAAGGAGCCCUCACGGUCAGACGGCGGAGCAACGACGACGAUGGUUGUCAUUCUCCUCUCAAUCUCAGCUCUCUGAAGCAUGCGAUCGACGCCAUAGAUGCUUUCAAGGAGAAGACAAUCGAUCUGUCGUCGUUGUCUGAGGCGUUAUCCGCUGCGAGCCGUAAAAUGAAGCAAACCGAGAAAUCUCAUCGAAAGCAAAUAAGAGGAACGAGGAAGAACAAGAAGAAGAAGAAUAAGCUGAUUAUCGGAUUGAAACCGGAGACGAACGCAGAAUUGCAACGAUGGCUUUCAAACUUCGACGAAUCGUUUAAACAAUCAUUGACGAAAAAGGAAACCUUGGUUUGUCAAUUUAACACAGAUUUCAGUACGUUUUUGUAAGCUCCAUAAAUUGAUGAUGAUGAUGCUUUACAAUCCAUCCAUCGUAGGAUUUUCUUAGUUGAGGGGAGUAUUAUUAGAUUAGAGUUACUUUUUUUUUUUCUGUUUAUUGUCCAAGGCUCUGUUUCUCAAAGUAAACUACAGUACAAAAC